AACAUUGCUACGUGUAUGAGGACGCUAGAUUUUGGGCGUAACUCUCCCCAAAAGACAGUUUGGUGGAAUGUGGAUCUCGGAGGAAUCUAUAGCAUAUACAGUAUCAACAUCUUGUUCGGGCAAUAUAUUGGCUUUGACGAACGUCAAAGAGGACGAUUUGCUGGAUUUUCUCUGUACGUAUCAAACACUGAAAAUAUACAAGGCUCCAGUCUGUGUUACAAGGACGGAACUCGGUUACCGCCCCUGAACUUUACGACAACAUGUACAGAAUCCGGACGCUAUGUAAUAUUUUACAACGAACGGUUGGACGGAGUCACCUAUCCUACUGGCUAUGAAGUUACCAGUGUCAUUACAGAGCUAUGUGAAGUCAAAGUACAAGGGUGUGAUAAUACCAGUUUCUACGGCAGUAACUGUGACACACCUUGUCCCACAAAUUGUAAAGACAGCACGUGUCACAUACAAAACGGAACGUGCUUUACAUGUACACCUGGUUGGAUUGGAAUACAUUGUAACACAAAAUGUGGAAAAGGGUGGUACGGAGAUAACUGUCGUCAACAAUGCAAAGGUUAUUGCAAAGAUGGUACUUCGUGUAAUCACGUGACUGGUCAAUGUGACGAAGGGUGUGAUGCUGGAUGGACUGGAAAAUUGUGUGAUAACGAAUGUGAAGACGGGACCUAUAGCUAUUGCUGUGCCAACAACUGUAGUGGUCACUGUCUGAAUGACUCUCCAUGUAACAAACAGACUGGGCGGUGUGACAAAGGAUGUAAACCGGGAUAUACUAAUGGUGAUUGUCACAAAGCCUGUAAAGAAGGAUAUUUCGGCAGAAACUGUUCACAGAUUUGUUCUCCAAACUGUAACCCUGACACAUGUAGACACACAGAUGGGUUGUGUAUAAACUGCGAUACAGGUUGGAUGGGUUAUAACUGUACCACAGCUAAUAAUCAGAUUGACGUACGCUUGUGUUAA